UGUAUUUUGGACUCGCUCACAAAACGAGGCAAUAUGGCGACACGUGCAUGAGUAGAAGCUUAACGUUUUUAAAAUACACGUUUGUGUUUACGACUAUCUAGAACUUGUCGAAACUUAAUUGAUGAUAAGAAAGGAUCAUGAUGGUGUCUCUCCUAGAGGACAACUCAUUAGGUGACACUUCCCUCAACCCCUAUCUUCACAUUUUGAAUAAUGGAGAAGGGAUUGGCCAAGGGAGGGUCAACGAUGACAUGGGAAAUGUCACCAUUGAACAUGUGGACACAAGCAAGAUUUCUCCAGAUGAGUUUCUUCUUGAUAAAAACAUCUUCACACAGGAUCAAGACAGGUUGGAGAUUGGGAUUGAAGCAGGAGAUGUGAACAGCUUGCUGGAACAAUUUGAAGAAUCCGAGGUUUCUCAAACAGACCAAGCUAAUGAGGUUACCCAUAUACCACUCAACACAAAUUUCAGUAAAAAGAAUGCUGAUAGUGACUUGAAGAAAUCAGAUAUGUCAAUUGAAGCGAUUGCCAAGAAGAUAGCCCCAGUUAAAAGAAAAUCUACAAUUCUUCUUGAGAAUGUUACUCUACCUUUAAAGCGGAACCGUAAACCCCUGAAUCAUGUUGCUUUCAAAACUACCAGCAGCCAACCCUGUAGCCACCCAUGCAGCAACCCCAAUAGUCUUCCAAAUAGUGCCCCUAACAGUCUUCCAGCAAGUCUGCCAAGUAGUUGCAACAGUAGCCGGAGUUGCAGUCCUGUACAUCAGUGGACUGUGCCAUCAAUGGAUCAUGAUUACUGUUAUACACCAAAUGUUUACCUACCCAUGAAUGUUACUGGUUCCUUAUCACCCAAGUGUGUUAAUAAGGAGAAUGGAGAGAUCAGUGAUUUAUCUACUCCUGAGAAAAAAGAGGAAAAAAGAAAUGAACUGUACAUGGGAAAAUACAAGAUCAAGAAAAGAAAUCACCACCGUCAUCAUCACCAUCACCAUCGCCAUCAUCGGCAUAGCCACCAGGAUGUGUCUAAGACAAUAUUAGAUGCUGGAUUCAUGAUGAAUUCUAAUUCCCCAUCUCCUGCUUUGGUUGGCAGUGUUCAUCGAGAACUUGAUAUUAGCCAAAGGGCUAGAGAAGAAUUCCAGAGGAGAUUUGGUAAGCUAGAAGUACCUGUCAUUCCAGAAAAGAAGACACUGAAGAUUCAGAGUCUGAAUGAACCACCACUGAUGAACUUAAGAAAGAAAGUAGAUAAUCCCAAUCUGCGACCUGCAUUAUCCAACAUUAAAGUUCAAGAAAAUUUUCAACCAGAAUUAGUUAGUUCUGGAAAGAAGAAGGAAACUUACCAAAAAGAAGAAUCUAGAAGUCGCAGUCUAAUUACAGAGUUAUGUUCAGACAAUGAAAGUUUGAUCAGAAUUGAGCAAGAGAAUAAAAAAACAAAACCAUUGAGUGCCAAUGAAGUACACCCAACUGAUUUCAUAGAAAUUAGAAAGCCAGUAAAACAAGAAAGAAUGCCUGUUUACGGUGUUGGUGGUCAAGAACAGUUGAAGCCUGCCACUACUGACAACUCACAAGACAAACUUAUUCCUGCCAUCAGUGCCAGAGACCAAGUAACAUCAGUCAAUGAAGUAAAUGAAGCUAGACCAGUGGUUCCCAAUUUAGAAGAAAACAUGGAAACUCAGCAAGUUGAUAAAACAGAGGAAGUCUGUCCUAAAGAAGACAUUUAUAAAGCUAUAGAGAGCCAAUAUGACAUAACUUGUGAACAAAAAUUGCAGGUUUCGGCAUCAGUUGAUUUUGCAGAAAGUAUUGAUACAAAUAUUGGAUCCUGUGUGGACAAGAUUAAUAUGAACAUUGAUGCUGUAAAACAUGAUAACGUUACUCAAUUGGAUGGAGAAAUAAAUAGCUUAAUAAAAGAAUGUGGACAAAAAUACGAUGAAAGUGAUGCAGGUAAUGCAGAGUAUUUAGCUAAAUGUAAAGAACGUGAGGUCAUUCCAGAGGAAGAAGACAGUGGUGAGAUUGGAAGUAGUGAUGAAGUCAAAAAUAAAGAUGAUGAUGAUAUGCACAGAUGGAGGGAAAGGUCAUACUCCCCUUACAGAAGGGGUAGAUCUAGUAGUAGGUCUAGUGAUAGGUCAAGCCAGUGGACCCAUACCAGUUCACAAAGCUUUACCAAACGCAAAAGUCGUUCUCUUUCCUAUGAAAGUUUGAGGAGUCGGUCGCGUUCAAACUCUUACAGGUCUCGAAGAGGGCAUCACAGAAGACGUCAGAGAUACCGUCGAAGUUCGCACUCUUCAUGUUCAAUGUCAUCAAGGUCCAGCUCUCGAGGGUCUCGUGGCUCCCGAAGACGACGAACAAGGUCAUCGUCUUGCUCGACAUGUCCAUCAAGAUCAUAUUCACGCUCGAGAUCUAGGUCAUUUUCUCGUUCCCAUUCCCGGAGUAGAAGUCGGCAAAGCAGGUGUCGAUCAAGAUCUAGAUCAAGUAGGCGAAGGAGUGGACGUCGGUCAUCAGAUCGAAAAAGGCGAUACCUUCGUGAUCGGUCAGUAAGCAGGGAACGCAGACUUGAGAUGAAGAAGAGGCAAGAACAGGAAUGGGAAGAUCGACGAGUACUUUAUGUGGGCAAUAUAUCUGAAGGAACCACUCGACGUGAUAUCAGUUGUCGAUUCAGUAAAUUUGGGGACAUUACACGCAUAACUCUUCAUUUCCGAGACAAAGGGGACAAUUACUGCUUUGUGACAUUUGCUUACACUUGUGAUGCAUAUGCUGCUGUGGAGUUUGGCAAUGAGGAUCCCAGUUUUCCCAAGUAUGAAAUCUGUUUUGGUGGCAGGCGCAAUUUCUGUAGAACAUCAUAUGCAGAUUUGGAUAAUAUGCAUAGAGAGGAAGAGGAAUUAAAGUAUGGGUACAAUGGCUCAGUUGAGCCUACAAGAACACGCUCUUCCUCCAAGGAAACUGACUUUGAUGCACUGCUAAAGCAGGCACUGAAGAAGAUUAAACAUAGGUGACAUCUUUAAUGCUGGUUAGUCGUUUCAACUAACAAUUAAGCGGAAGAAAAGAAUCUACUUAAAAUAUUGAGUUUACAAUCAUAUGCUUUACAUUAUAUACAGUAAUUAAUAUCCUGGUGCUUAGAAAAUAAAAAUAGCACUGAAAAAGAUAAAAUAUAGUUGACACCUUAAUUACUGGUUAGUGGUUUAUACUAAGCAGUGUUUUCAAGAGGAUAAUCUACUUAAAAUGUUCAUUUUACAUAUGCUUUAUAUAUUUGAUAACUAGGUGUUUAGAAAUAAACAUAAAUAUGGUAGUAAAGAUUUAAGGAUCAGUUAACACAUUAACCCAGGAGUUUGAAAGUAUGCAGAAUUUAUGUUGAUUAUUUAGUUUUAUGAACACAAGAUUCUGUCUUGUAUCUUAGCAUAAUUUUUGAAUGGAAGAACAAUGAGAAAUAAAAUCUGUAUUCAAGAUUUCACUUGCAAACCUGAAUCUGAAGUGAUUAUGGUGCUUCUCUUUUAAUCCCAAGAAAAAAUACAUUCCCUAUAACACCCUAUAAGGUAUGAAGAGUUCCUAAAGGUCAGCUUCCCUUGAAAAAAUAGUGUUUUGUGCAUCGUAAACAUGUCAUACCUACUGUAGAAUCAGUCAAAUUUAAAGACACUGUUGAUAAAUAUGUGACAAAAAAAAACAAACAAUAUAUAUGCUAAAGCUACAUAAGAAGUUAAAUGUGAUUUGCUAUAUUUUCCAACAGAUGCAAUGAUUAUGUUUAAUUAACAUCGAAUGAUUGUUUGAAUUAUAAAAAAAAGAAA